AUGUCGGUGCGCGUUGUUGCCAGAAUCCGUCCGUUGCUUGAGAAAGAGCUGGAAAAGGAUAUCAUUGUGCGCGCCGACCGCGUGGAAGAGGGAAAGCCCUUGACCCUCGUCAAGAUACCGAGUCCAAAGAAUGGAGCGGAAGAGUUCUCGUUCGCCUUCAACAGCGUCUACGGGCCGACCACUUCGCAGGAGGAGUUGUUCACAGCCGAAGUGGCCCCACACAUGAAGGCUCUUUUCCAAGGCCUAGACGUGACCAUCUUUGCAUAUGGAGUCACCGGAACCGGCAAAACACACACGAUGCGCGGUGGUCUGCGGCUCGCCGACCGCGGCGUGAUCCCUAGGCUGUUGAGCAACGUCUUCCGGCGGGGGAAAAAGAUCAUGAAGGACACCAACGGCGCGACUACCGUGACCGUCUCCCUUUCCUACUACGAGAUUUACAACGACAAAGUGUACGACCUGCUCGAGCCUCCAGAGAAGCGAACCCCCGCCGGGCUGCCGCUCCGAGAAAAGGACGGGAAGACCGUCGUCGUCGGGUUGUCGGAACGCGCUUGCGACGAUCUCAAGGACUUCGAGAGGCUGUACAUUGAGGCCAACAAUAACCGGGUCACGGCGGCCACCAAGCUCAACGCCCAUAGCAGCAGGAGCCACGCCAUCUUGCGGGUCAAGGUGACGCAGACGACUGGCGACAUGAUCAGGGAGAGCACGGCAUCCGCCAUUGACUUGGCCGGCUCGGAAGACAACCGGCGCACCGACAAUGGCAAGGAGAGGCUGGUGGAGUCGGCCGCCAUCAACAAGAGCCUCUUCGUUCUGAGCCAGUGCAUCGACGCCAUCGCGCGCGGCGACAAGCGGAUCCCGUACCGCGAGUCCAAGAUGACGCGCAUCCUGUCCCUGGGUCAGAACAACGGCAUCACCGUCAUGAUCCUGAACCUCGCCCCGGUCCGGAGCUACCACCUCGACACGCUGAGCAGCCUGAACGUUAGCUCCCGGGCGAAGCGCAUCGAGGUACGCGAGAUCGAGAAUGAGAUUGUGUACAAGCAGCCGCCGCGCACUACCUCCGGGAUUGGAGGCACUGGCGUCCAGCGGCAACCCCUCAGGCCUCUGAACAACGCCCACAACGUGCAUACAGGUGCCCUGGCAGCCAAGGCGGCCGAGAAGGCCGACAAGUCUGACAAGCCCGACAAGCCCGUCAAGGCGUUUUCCGUCUACACAGACAAGAAGCCGGUCGCCCCCGCCCGCGCUGCCGCGCCGCCGGCAGCCAACACCUCCCUCCCGCGACAGCCUCUCCAGUCGAAACGGCCUUCCGAGACCUCCGACUCUCUCCCACGCCCGUCGAAACUCGCGCGCCCAACGACGCAGUCUCUCCUCCGCCCGCCCCAGCCCAUCACCACCACCGCCGCCGCCGCCGCCGCCGCCGCCGCCGCCCCUCCGGCGCAAAUCUCCAUCACUCCCGACCAGAUCGAAGCCAUGGUCGAGAAGAAAGUCGCCGAGAUCCUCGCCGCCCGCGCCGCCACCGUACCACAGCUACAGCCGCAACCGCAACCGCAAGCUGCCCAGGCAGCCGAGCCGACGGUCGCCGCGGCCUCGGCGGAGAUCAGCGAGGAAGUCAGGCGCCGGCUCGAGGCCCUCGAGCGCCGCAUCGAGAGCGAGUCGCGCAGCAGCGACGCAGACGAGCGCCGGACCGAAGGCCUGCGGCUCCUCCUGCGAGCGCGGCAGGCUAAGGAACACGGCGACGACGCGGGCGCUCUGCGGCUCUACGAGAAGGCGCUGCCUUACUUCCCCGGGCAGCCGAAACUGUUGGGAAAAAUCGAGAAGCUGCGGGCGAAGCUUGGGCUUGCCGAUGCGGAUGCGGGUGGCCGGAGGAAGAAGGAGAGGAAACAGACGGAGGAGGGAGAGUAUCAGGAAGGGACCGAGGCCGAUAUCGACGAAGACGAAGAGGUGGCGGGGAAGAGUCCCCUGCGGGGGAAGGGGGGAAAGAAGAAGGGGUCGAGGUCGAGGGCAUUCGAGCACGAGGAGCUUGACGAUCCCAGCUCGCCGCGCGUGAAGCAGCUGCUUGAUAUCGUCAAUUCGCGGGACGUGACGCUAAUCAAGGGGCUGCGCGGCUUCGGCGCAAAAAAGGCGCAAGAUCUGGUCGACUUCCUCACCCUUAAGGGCGACGGGGAGUCGGGGCGAAUCGAGUCGCUUACCCAGUUGCGGAUGCUGCCGGGCAUGGGCGGGCGGACGGUGGAAAGGGCAUAUGAAGGCUUGGUUGCCGCUCAGGCUCAGGUGUGCUGAGGUAAUGGCUGCCGAGGAUGUUGUUGACUUGAUUUGGGCUCAUUGCGCUACCUUUUUUUCUGUUUUGUUGGCAUGCCGGUCUAGCGGCGCAUCUUUCUCUUUCGUUAACCCCACUGCAUCGGUUGGGUCGGCAAUUUUCGCGCCUGGUUUAUCAUCCGCGUUGCAUGGCUAGGAGUUUGGGGGCUUAUAGACUUUGGGGUUUAGCAUUUUGCUUGUUUAUUUGUUGAGGGAUUGCAUGUCCCUCUGGGCGUUCCUAGAUUCCCUGGAGAAAUAAUUAGAGAAUGCC